GAAUAGCAAAAUCACAACACGCACACUCGCACUGGUCAAAAUUUGUAUCUGCUACUGUACCAACAACACAAUAAAAUCCGUUCUAAUCGGAUCUAUGCGGGUGCAUAAAAUAUUUUUACACACCCAUUUUGCAUGCAUACAUCCUCACUUUUCAUAUUAUUAGCAUUAUUUCACGGUGAAAUGAUAUUUCAUCGAUAAUUUUGGGGGUUUUUGGACAUCGUUAUCAUCAGUCAACGGCUUUUCCCCAAUCCGCCAUCUUGGAUUUUAAGACCACGAUAUCGUGCUGUUACAUCUUCAAACGUAGAGGGCAGCAACACACGACCGUGUACAUGUAGUUGAACGAUAUGUGUGCAUAUGUGAAGCCCAUCCCGGCCGGCCGGGUACGGGUACGGUGCGGGGUACAAACGAGUGUGCUGAUGUCGAGUGCAGUCACGAUGUGUGAAUUGUCAUGAUAGUAGCGAAUUUGAAAUCUACCUGUUUCUGAAUUUCCUCUUGGAGACCUGCCAAGCAGUGAAGACCAACUGAAGGACCAUGAGAAGAGGCAAGGAUAGACAGGGGAGUGACAUGCAAGAGGUUGAUGAUAGAGCGGCUCUUAUGAAAGAAGAUAUGGAUGUCCCAACUGACAGAAAAGGACUGGAUUCCGAACCUGAUAAAAACCAUGCAGGAUGCACUAACCUUGGUCGGGAUCGGAACAGUAUCGCGUUGCUUCUGCUUCUCUACAUCCUUCAGGGGAUACCCCUUGGCCUUGCCGGAAGCAUCCCUCUCCUCCUGCAAAGCCGUAGCAUCAGCUACAAGCAACAAGCCAUCUUCAGCUUUGUGUACUGGCCAUUUAGCGUCAAGCUCCUCUGGGCACCUAUCGUUGAUUCUGUCUUCUUUUCACGGAUCGGUCGUCGCAAGUCAUGGCUGAUCCCAUGUCAGUACCUGAUUGGCCUUUUCAUGAUGAUACUGUCAGGUCAAGUCACGAGUCUCUUGGGUGAUGAUGGAAAAGAUCCAAAUGUCCUCUUGCUGACCGUCCUUUUCUUUAUGCUGAACUUCCUGGCAGCCACGCAGGAUAUCGCUGUGGAUGGUUGGGCCCUUACUAUGUUGUCUCCGUGUAAUGUUGGAUAUGCGUCAACAUGCAAUUCCGUUGGUCAGACAGCUGGUUACUUCAUUGGGAAUGUGAUCUUCAUUGCCCUGGAGUCCGCUCAUUUUUGCAAUACUUACAUACGUUGGGAGCCCCAGGAGCAGGGAAUAGUCACUUUACAAGAUUUUUUAUUUUUCUGGGGGAUUGUUUUCUUCAUCACAACAACCAUCAUCGGCAUAUUAAAACACGAGAAGGAUAGCCAUGGAGAUCAUGAGAUGGAUGUCAUCACUGCGUAUAAACAGUUCUAUCAAAUUUUGCAGCUUCCAGUUGUCAAAACAUUUCUUAUGAUUGUCAUCACUUCCAAGAUGGGUUAUGCCGCUGCUGAUGCCAUCACAGGUCUCAAACUGAUAGAAGCCGGAGUACCAAGGGAGGACAUGGCUCUCCUCGCCAUCCCCCUCGUCCCCCUCCAGAUAAUCAUGCCUUGGUUUAUUAGCAAGUAUACAGCCGGAACAAGGCCGUUGAAUAUCUACCUCAAAGCCAUGCCAUGGAGGUUGAUUAUGGGCCUUGAAUUUGCCUUUGUAGUUUGGGUGACUCCAUCUUUUAAACUUGCUGACGGAUCUUUUCCUGUCUCUUAUUUUGUGUUGCUUCUCAUCAGCUAUGCAGUUCAUCAGGUGGCCCUUUACAGCAUGUUUGUAUCUACCAUGGCAUUCAAUGCCCGUGUCUCUGAUCCUCUGAUGGGAGGUACUUACAUGACCCUGCUCAACACCGUCUCCAACCUCGGGGGCAACUGGCCCGUCACGGUAGCCCUAUGGCUAGUGGACGGCCUCAGCUGGAAGUCAUGCCAUGGGGGCACAGAGGAAGGGUUGGAUUGCGACACGAAAGCAGAAGCAGAGGUGUGCACAAAAGCUGAUGGCAAAUGCGUCACCGAUAUCGACGGCUACUACAUAGAAUCUAUCCUCUGCGUGAUUAUUGGGUUUGCAUGGUUAGGAAUCUGCGCUCAAAGGAUACGCAGGCUGCAAGAGCUACCUCUCGAUUCUUGGAGAUUACCAAAUAAAAGAUCAUCAAGGUCACCUCAGAAAGGCUCAUCAAUAGAUUGACUAUCACUGGCUCAUCAGGUAUGAGCCAAAUCUUAAGAACUGUUUAAUUGUAGUAUUGUGUUCCUCAAGGCCGGUCUUUGCCUCAAGAACAAUGAUGGAGCCUUUGGCUUUGUCCUUGGCCCCCGACUUCUAGUCCUUGGCCUUAGCCUUGGAGGUCUAGUCCUUUGACUUGACCACAGAGGUCUGUAUUCCUUGGUCUUUGCCUUGGAUGUCUGCAGGCCUUAGCCUUGGGGAUCUUUAGUCCUUUGCCUCCAAAGUCUGUCAUCCUUGGUCUUCUCCUUGCCUUGGUUUUGGAGGUCCUUUACCAUGGAAGUCUGAAAUUCUUGGUCUUACCCUUUGGCUCAGAUGCUUUUAGUCCUUGGCCAUGUCCAUGUCCUUGGAGGUCAUAACUUCUUGUCCAUGGAUGCUUGGUAUUGGUCUCGGGCAAUAGGCCUUGUCCUUGACCUCAGAAUUCUGAUCUUGCACAAAAUACAAAUUCAUUCCCCCAGAAUGUCCAAUCCAUUAAAGCAUUGGUCCAAAUACUUCUUGCGUUUGUAAUUGAAAUUCAUUGUUUAAAAAAAGUUUAGGUUUGCAAAUUAAGCCCCCACCCCCUUGCUAGACAAUGAUUAAUAUUCAUAGCAUCCAGCAUAUGAUAGGACCAUAAAUUAUGAUCCAUGAGCAAGGUCAUUGCUUAUGUGAUUUUGAGUCCUUAUGAGAUAUUGAUAUUGUAUAUGUGCAUAUAUAACAUUUUAUGCAAAAGAAAUAUUUAUAUUCAUGCAUUUAGAUAAUUGGAAUAUUCCUGAGAAUUUAAGUUCUUAGAAAGUAUAUGAACCUUGAACAUUUAGAUUUAUAUGUAUAUCUUGCUUAGUUGUUUGUACUUGAUUCAUGAUUAGUUCUUGGGAAUGUUUCACAAAUAGAGUUAACUUGCACUUACUAUUCAAUGGAUUCACAAUACAGUGCGCCAUAUGCGGACAGGCCAAAAUUUGCAAUGCCUCAUGGGAUAAAGUCGACAUCUGUUGGGCAUGCUAGUACUAAAGUGCAUGCAUGCAUGUGAUUAUUACCCGCUGGCCGACACGGCUCAACCAGGUAUGCUGUUUAAUUGGGUCCAGGAGAUGGGAGAGAAAUUUGCCUGCAUAUUGCUUUGCAAAAUGUAGACCAUCUUUGGUGAAUUCUUGCCAUAUGGUUUUCAUUUUUUUGAAGCAUCACAUUACAGUACACUAGCACUGUGUGCUGCCUGUGCCAUGUCGAACCCGAAGUUAGAAAGUUGGCCUGUUUGCUGCAACCGAUAGAUGGCGCACCAUAUUGUGAAUCACUUAAUUGUGUGUGAUAUAUUACGUAUGGUAUACAUAUGUUUGCAUAGGUAAGACCACACUGCGUCAAUUCAUCAAUGAAAUUGUGUAUUAGAUAUCAUAUGCAUGUUCGUACUUAUGAAUGACUUGAAAAUCAUACUCAACUUUUGUGAAACAGACCCUGUGAUCUUUCAACCAACAUCAUUACUCUGAGGCCUUUUUCUGAAUGAGUUGCAAUCAAACACAAUCCCAAGUACUAUGAAAUACAACUUGAUUUUUAAACCAA